CGUUAAAAUUAAUUAAAUUUGAAAGCAUCAAUUGCCAAAUUUGGAAUAUGUUUAUGAAGCGAUUAACUCAUUUUGUACUCAUUUUGUACUGCGAUUAACUCAUUUUGUACUUUUAAGUUACAACACUUUGAAGAAAAUUUCCCGAUGCAUAUCACUCGAUUAACUUAAGGAGCACGAGUUGAAAGGCAAUUUUUCAUGUCGUGUGUGUAUUAAGUACGCUAAUAAAAUUUCCAAAUUAUAAAUUGACCUGACAUGAUAUCUCGUACAAACCAGCACGCCGACAGGAUGAAGUAACGCAGACUAAUAACUUCAAUUUUCUUAUUGGCCUUAUUUGCCUUUUAUACAAAAAUGUGUGGCUAUUUAUAUCAACCAGCUGACAACCAUGAAGCAAAGUAUAAAUUCACCGUUCACCCAAUAAUCAUAUGUGAAGGAUACAAAUCGAGCACGUGACGAAGAGGCGAGAGCAAUGCUCGAAGUUGCAUCCUGUACCUUCUCCGUCGACUCUCCGUCGGUCGGACAAAAACGCUUAUAGCCGCUGCCGUCCUCGUAAUUAUCAGAGAAGAUUAUCGUUGACGCUUGCGAGCAUGCGGAGGCGAGCAAAAAGAAACGCGCUGAUACGCGACAUCUCGUUAUUAUUACGUACAAGAACAUAUUGAUAUACGUUCGCCGCGAAGAGAUUCUUCUCCUUCUCCUUCCCUCCUACUCGUUCUUUCUCAUCGUCAUGCUCGUCGUUCACUUUGUAGAAGAAAGAGAACAAAGUACGACCGAGCGAUACGAUACGAGCGCAUCGUCGUGAGUGAUUUUCCGGAGGUGGACUCGAUCGACGAACGGCCAACCCCCCCGUUGGGGGUCUCAUCGGAGGAUGACAAGUUGCUAAAUAACCUGACAGGGCGUGCUUUACGUUGAUAAUCGCGAGUUUGUCAGCUGAUGCUGAUGAGUGCAAACACGAGAGAAAGAGAGAGAGAGAGAGAGAACCUCCUUCAGCCACCGUUAAUUGAGUAUAACGUAAUCGACGUGGCUUCGAUGAACGAUCGACUUCAUUUUUAGUAACGAGUUUGAGAGAGAGCCGACGAGAGAGGAUUUGCAUAUUAAUAAACGUCAGUCAGGAGGAGUGACCGACGACAUGGCAGCAGGACGGGACAAGGAGACGGUUUCUGAGGAGGAGGACAGUGGCGACUUCGUGGGAUUUUACAUGACAACCGAAGGAUUCUACCCCCCCGUUGGGGAUAUCAAGACAGGAGGGUCUCUGGUACCUAUAAAACUAACUGCGGCCGGUCUCCAGUCGAGCAUUAAGUGUCUUGACGUUCGUACGAAAAGGACUGUCCAUUGAUUAGAGACGGGACAUCCGCGAGUAACGAGAAAAUUUCAUAGCUCAAGUCAACAAAUCACCAUGUUUACCUUCCAACUUAUUCAUACGAUUGCUCUUCUGGCUUCAAUCUUCUUAAUCGGCAAGUGCUACGCUCAUCCCAUGAUCCGACAGCAACAUGAAGUGAGACCGAUGUGUAUGGGCUGCGGCGAUGAAUGUGAUAAGUGCGAAUUCGGCUCCACUAUAUCGACUCUCUGCGGUAUUCGCGAAUGCCGACGGGGUCCCGGUCAGAUUUGCGGUGGGCCGAGCGAGAAUUGGGGUGUUUGCGGCGAUGGACUGAUUUGCAGUUGCAAUCGAUGCGCCGGCUGCAGUCUAGACUCUCUCACAUGCUUCGACAAUCCCUGUCUGCCCCAUCAGACCCUGGAAUCACGGGGUCAUCUCGAGAUUCUCAACAGAUUUCCCAUCGACAGAGUCGCCAAGUAAGCAGAGAAAACCUGACCCACCCCCCGGAUGGACAAAAAGGACGACGAAUGGAUGAUACAACGUAUGCGAGGAGCGAGUGUGAAACGAGAGAAAGAGGGAGAGAAAGAGAAACGUGGAUAUAUAUUAGCAACUUUCCGAAUUAUUUAUUGCAUUUUACGAUGUAAUCUCAUUAGGUAUCUAACGAUUGUGAUAGAUAACUCGUCGGAGCCUGCCUCUCCCCUCCCCCCCAUCUCCCCGCGGGACGACAGCGCUCCGAAUGUUUACUGGCACUUUCUGUGAUUUUUUAAUUACUAUGUUAUCUUGUCCCUUAUACACGCACGCCUCGAUGAAACACGCCUGGACGAGGGCGCGUGAGCAGAGAGGGUGCGUCGCCGGCUAGCUAGAUCUCGUGAGAUACUCGAUGAAUCAUCGUUCAUGAUUCUUGGCUGUGAAUCGCGCCUCGCGCGAAAACGCGAGGCGAUGACUGGGUCCUCAAUAUUCCCACGCGAAUCCAUCGUGAGGUUUCCGUCGAAAAACCGAGUGCGUACGGGAUGGAGGAAAAUAUCGAGAGUAGAAAAGAGAAAAGGUAUAUAAAGGCCCUCGUAAAAGAAUCACUAACAAUAUCAUAAAUUUCAGUUUUGACUUUUAUGAGUUUUCAUAUUUAUCAGUUAUUUAUGUAUUCUACUGUCGCACUUUACACUUAUCUUAAUAUUUAUUUUUAACGUCGAUAUAUUUAAACUAUCAAAGUGUCAUAUUUUGAUAAAGCGCGCUCGUUUAACUAAAAAAUAGUAUCUAUAUAUGUUAUAUAUAGUUAACUGAAAUAGUAUCAAUAUGUUGUCUUUUAGUAACGGAAUCUUAUUUGAUAAAACGGAAAAUAUACAAAUAUUUCUUAAAAAUUACUUUUAUUAUCACAUAACCAUAAACGUUUGUGUUACGUGAUUAUUUAUGGGUUUCGUCUGUAGUCAACUCUCUUUAAAUAUGAGUACUUUACAUAGUUCUCAGUUUUCGUGCAGAGAUCGAUUGUAAAUGUUUGGCGAACAUCACUAUAUGUAACGGACAAUGGAAUAAAAUUGAUAAUAUAAUGCAGUACUGGCUCUAUAAAUUUCUAACAAAAUUAAUGUGUGGAUAAGUGGGUUUCAAGACUAAUGCUUGGUUUUUGUAAGCAUUUUUCUAUAUUUCUCUCUUGUUUAUCAAACGUUGACACAAACGUUUCAAUCAAAUUGUUGUGAUCCUUUUCGAUAUAUCUACAAUGUACUAUCAUUUUACCGGCGUCUUCUUCCUUAUUAGCGUAGUGAUUGCUUAUUCAAAAUUAUGCACAGCAAUUGAAGUGGUGGUUCAUUUUUAAAUCAAUAGCUUAAAAAUUUUUGACGCUAUAUUAGUAAAAAUUUAUUAUAUAGGAAACGGAUCACAGUACUCAUAAUAUUUGCAAAUUUAAUAUUACUUCGAUUUCACAUAUUCGUUGUUCAACCGUGUUUCGCUUUCAAUAUCUUUUUAUCUCGAGCCGCUUAUGCGGCUGUCGGUGUAAUAAAAUUGGCUGCACUCA